AUGCCGAAAGUCAUUCUCGCCAUCAACGCCGGAUCGUCAUCCGUCAAGGUCUCUGUGUAUUCAUAUUCAACUUCCACAGAAGAACCGAAGCAACUCGCAGACAUUCAAGUCGCCGGCCUCACUGCACCACCUGCCACUUUGACUUAUUCCCGUGGCGAGCAACAUGUCAAGAAUCAAAAGCUAUCCGACUUUGAUGUCUCAUCUCAAGAAUCCGCCUAUGAGUACAUCCUCAACCAUCUAACGAAGGACUCUGGUCUGCAAGAGCUGCAGCAUCCCGAUGAUAUCGAGUUUGCUUGCCACCGAAUCGUCCAUGGAGGAGACUAUGCAAAGCCGACGAGGAUCGACCAAGACACCUAUCAUCAUCUGGAGGAACUGUCCGAUCUGGCUCCACUGCAUAACGCAGGUGCCUUGACGAUUGUAAAGGCAGUGCACAAGAAAUGUCCCAAAGCUGUAAACGUAGCGUUCUUCGACUCGGCCUACCACAGCACCAUUCCAAUCGCAGCUCGAACGUAUGCAAUCGACCCCAAGGUCGCCUCACACAAUAAGCUUCGCAAGUACGGCUUUCAUGGGCUAUCCUACGCCUUCAUCACACGAUCUGUAGCCGCCCACUUUUCCAAACCUGAAAGCGAUACCAACAUCAUCGCCCUCCACCUUGGGUCUGGCUGCUCGGCAACAGCAGUCCGCAAUGGCCAAAGUCUGGACAACUCCAUGGGUCUUACACCUCUGGCUGGACUUCCUGGAGCUACGAGAUCAGGAGACGUUGACCCUAGUCUGAUUUUCCACUUCACUCACGAAGCCGGAAAAUUGAGCCCAAGCAGUACAAAGGACAUGAGCAUCACUACCGCCGAGGAGAUCCUGAACAAGAAGUCCGGCUGGCAAGUCUUGACAGGAACCACAGACUUCGGCACGAUUAGCAGCAAAGCCGAAGAGGGCGAYGAGAAGUGCAAGUUGGCUUUCGACAUUCUCGUCGAUCGUCUGCUGGGAUUUGUGGGAGACUAUUACGUGAAGCUAGGCGGGCGGGUGGAUGCAUUGGUUUUCGCCGGCGGUAUCGGAGAGAAAGGCGUGCAGUUGAGGAGGGCGGUUGUGGAUGGAGUGUCGUGCCUUGGAUUUGAACUUGAAGAGAGUGCAAACAAGAACCCGGGUGAUCGUGUCGUUGUGGAUGUAGGAUCAGAGAAGAGUAGACAUCGAGUCUUGGUCGUGCAGACUGACGAGCAGGCCGAGAUGGCUAGGCAAUGCGCCCAGCAUGCAGACGAGCUGCGGCGACCGCGGGAGUGA